UUAUUUAUUUUGCUACUUGUGGUUUUUGGCAAAUUCUCGGAAGCUCGGGUAAGGCAGGAAGGCGGUUCCUUUGUCAUCCUUCUUGAAUUAGAAUCGGUGGGGAAUCAAAUACCAGCGAACCCUAGGCUGUGUUUCUCCAAGUUCUUUUAUGUGGAUAGUACUGCCGGCAGCUUUACAACUUUUCGGAUGUCUCCACUCUCAUCUGCUGGCCUUUUAUCUGUUCCAGUGCUUAAUAGAAGCCAUGCCUAG